UCAUAUAAUCAUACGAAAAACACAAAAAUCAAAAACACUAUUUUUUUCAUAUAUUAAUACAUUUUAAUGAAAAAUCUUUAUCGUUAUUGUCUAGUAAUUAUUCUGCAUAGUAAUUAUAUUGUGAAUUAUAUAUAAGUAAACUGUAGUUAUAUUUUAUUUUACGUAUUCUCGUAUUUUUGAAUUCCUUUCCUUAGUUAAUACUCAGUAUCCUUUUUCACUUACCUGAUUUAAUAAUAAUAAAUAUUACAUAUAGAAUAGUAGUCCGUAUAAGUAGCUAAGUUUAAUGAUCACAAAACAAAGUUCACAGCCUUCUGUACCGCACAAUCAGCUAAAUUGUCUCAGAUUUUUUAAAAUGGUGAGAAUACUUCAAAUAAAUGUAUGUACAUUAUUUCAUUCCGUCUUAAUAUGAUCAUUUUUAAAUUACAAAUACAAGUAAUUUACCGAAUAAAAUGUAACGACGGUAGUGCUUAAUUUUUUUCCGAUUUUACAGCAGCAACAUAAACCAAUGAGAUGUAAAAAGUGUGGCUUGCUAAAAACUAUCAAGGAUGCUUUAAUGAUGAAACUCGAGGCUUUUGUCAAAUCGUCAGCUCCCUCGUCGUUCCCAUCGUCGUCCUCAUCAUCGUCCCCAUCGUCGUCCGCUCAAGCGUCCGCGCUAGAUGUUCCUAUUCAAAAAGCGCCGGCCACGCCUUUAGUACAGACGUUGCCACGACAGGGGCCUUUGCAAGUUAUCACCGCGUCACCGUGGACGGAUUUAACGGAACCACAGCCGCUGUCAUUGUCUUCAUGGUCCACGUCGUCUGUGUGGUCGUCAUCACCUUGGUGGUCGACGCCAACAUCUACUUGGUGGUCGACACCGGUGUCGCAGUCCUGGUGGUCAUCACCGAUAUCCACGUCGUGGUGGUGAUGCUGAUACGUAGACGGCGUGCCCGUGGACAACCAUAUAGUGAUAACCAUAGAGUAUGGUCACCGUGAAUAGUUAACUCGCGAAACGAUCGUAUAAUAGUUAUUACCACUACAAUUAUAUUAUAUUCUUUCUAACUAUGUAAUAUUACAUCGACAUUUAAUGUAAAAAUACUGUAACAAUUUCAGUUUUACGAAAGCCAUAUUUUAAGGUUCAUCGACUUUUUCACGAUGUUUAUCGAUUUUUUUUUUUUUACUUUUGCCGUUAAAAAACAUUACGUUCUUAUGCACUUUUCCGAUGUAUACUAAUGUACCUAUUUACU